CAAAAACACGAAAACAAGGAAGUGCGUGACAUAAAGCAGUCGAACCGUCUGAGGCCGCACAACAUACGCAGAAUCCAGUUUUUACGCAGAUUUCCUCCAAAACCACCACGACACGAUGAACAACAAAGGUUCCUAUCCACAGCAGACUGUGUACCCUCAGCAGAGCACUGCUCCUGCUUACCCUCCUGCUAUGCAAAUGUCUCCUCAGGCCCCUCCUUACACAGAUGCUCCACCUGCAUAUACAGAUAUAUACCAGCACAGAUACGUGCUUCCCCCGCAGGUGCCUGGACAGGCUCCCAUGUCCUCUCCAUACGCUGGAGCUCAGAUGUUCAUGCCUCUGCAGCAGCCCAUGGGUGUGGGGCAUGUGGGGCAGAAUGUGCCCAUGGCUUAUUACCCAAUAGGAGCAAUGUACCCCCCUGGCUCCACUGUGAUGGUGGAGGGGGGCUAUGACGCGGGGGCGCGUUUCGGUGCAGGCAGCAGUGCUUCUAUCCCACCUCCACCUCCCGGACACCCUCCCAAUGCGGCACAGUUGGCUGCGAUGCAAGGGGCUAACAUGGUCAUGACGCAGCGCAAGAAUAACUUCUUCUUGGGUGGCUCCAAUGGAGGUUACACCAUCUGGUAACAGCAGCUCUGCCCCAUGUCCCAGCGCCCCAGUUCUUCCUGUAUCGUUUAUGGUUAAGGCUGCUUGUUCAUGCCACAACACUGAGUUCACAUAAGGAAUGUACUAUAAGCCCAUGUAAAAGGUACAGUACUCCACUUCACUAAAGAACAGAAAUAAGGCCUGUAGAAACCAGUGUGAAGUAAAAGCAACUCCUGCAUUCUGUAAAUGUGAUAAAAUGUUUGUAUAUCCAAUAGCAUUACAUGUGUUAGUACUUAGCUGCUUUAUGAUACAGUCUAAAUGCAUCUACAAAAUGAAACAUACACACUUAGAAAAUGACUGUAAUUUUUCUAAUUUUAGUUUAGUGCAAUACUAGCUGUGAAGUGGUAAGUGUAAGUACUAAUGGGAAGUAUAGAUCGAAUUUUUAAAAAUCUGUAUCAUCCUUAAGUGUCAAUGAUGUUUGUACAAGACCCUAAUUACAAUAAAAAUGUUGUUAUCAA